CACGACGCACAUUCCUGAUCUCGUCAGCACAGACGCAGACGAUGGCAUUCCUCGUUGCCACGACCCUGUUUCUGUUUGGGCAGCUACUGCUGUGCUUCUCUCAACAAGUGCGAGGUGUGAACUACACGUUCAUGAGGGAGGCGGUGGAGGCGCCGGUGAUGGCGUACUACGACUACAUCAUCAUAGGCGGGGGCACGGCGGGGUGCCCGCUGGCGGCGACGCUGUCGGAGCGGUACCGCGUGCUCCUGCUCGAGCGCGGGGGCUCGCCGUACGACGACGCGCGCGUCCUCAACAUGGCGCACUUCGCGGACGUGCUCGCGGACACGUCCGGGGCGUCCCCGUCGCAGCGGUUCGUGUCGGAGGACGGCGUGAUCAACGCGCGGCCGCGGGUGCUGGGCGGCGGCAGCUGCAUCAACGCCGGCUUCUUCACGCGCGCGGGGCCCGGCUACGUGAGGGCCCUCGGGUGGGACCCCAAGGAGGUGGUGAGCGCGUACCAGUGGGUGGAGGACGUGGUGGCGUUCCAGCCGGAGCUGGGCCCGUGGCAGGCGGCGCUGCGGAGGGGGUUGCUCGAGAUCGGCGUCGUGCCGGACAACGGCUUCACGUACGACCACAUCCUCGGUACCAAGGUCGGUGGCUCCAUCUUUGACGCGCAGGGACGGCGGCACACGGCGGCGGACUUGCUGCGUUACUCGCGCCCCGACGGCAUCGACGUGUUUCUCCGUGCUAGAGUGGCCAGGAUCGUGUUCUCUCGCAAAGGGACCAAGCCCGUGGCGCGUGGCGUGCUGUACCACGACGCGCGGGGUGGAUCGCACAUGGCGUACCUCAACCAUGGCGCUAGAAACGAGAUCAUCCUGUCAGCGGGGGCGCUGGGCAGCCCGCAGCUGCUGAUGCUCAGCGGCGUCGGCCCCGCCGACCACCUCGAGGAGUUUGGCAUCAGCCUCGUCCUCGACCACCCAGGCGUCGGGCAGGGCAUGUCCGACAACCCCAUGAACGCCAUCUACGUGCCGUCGCCGUCGCCGGUGGAGCUGUCGCUCAUCCAGGUGGUCGGCAUCACCAGGUUCGGCAGCUACAUCGAGGGCGCAAGCGGGUCCGACUGGAACAGCCGCACCUCGGGCGCCGCCGCCGCGCAGGUGCGGAGCUUCGGCAUGUUCUCGCCGCAGACGGGCCAGCUCGCGACGGUGCCACCGAAGCAGCGCACGCCCGAGGCCAUCGCGCGCGCCGUGGAGGCCAUGAGCCAGGUCCCCGACGCGGCGCUCCGCGGCGGCUUCAUCCUGGAGAAGGUGCUCGGCCCGCAGUCCACCGGCCGCCUCGCGCUCCGCAACCUGGACCCCGACGACAACCCCACCGUCAGCUUCAACUACUUCAGCCACCCCGACGACCUCCGCCGCUGCGCCGCGGGCAUCGCGACCAUCGAGCGGGUCAUCCGGUCCAGGGCCUUCUCGCGGUUCGCGUACCCGAACUUCGCCUUCCCGGCGACGAUCAACGUCACGGCCGAGUUCCCGGCGAACCUGAUGCGCAUGCGCGGCGGCAGCGACCCCAGGGCGCUGGAGCAGUUCUGCCGGGACACCGUCAUGACCAUCUGGCACUACCACGGCGGCUGCCAGGUCGGCAGGGUCGUCGACCGCGACUACCGUGUGCUCGGCAUCGAGGCGCUGCGCGUCAUCGAUGGUUCCACGUUCAACGCCUCGCCGGGGACUAACCCGCAGGCCACCGUCAUGAUGCUUGGCAGGUACAUGGGAGUCAAGAUCCAAAAGGAGAGGAUGAUAGCUGAAGGAUCAGGAAUAGAACCAUAGUCUGCUUCUCUGCAUGAUACACGAGCGCGCUGCAUUUGCUAAUUUCUCUCUGGAUUAUCUUUAGUGAUCAUCCUAUAGAUCGGAAAUGCUAAUUGUAAUCGUUGAAAUUACAUUAUUAACUAAUUUGCACGAUUGUGAAUGCUAUGCUACCUAUAAAGAAUGAUGUGGUGUUUGUCACUAAA